GCACGAACUCACACGGAAACACAGACAUAAAAUGACUUAGACUCUCUCUGGCAAUGAUCAUUUUCUUUCUCUAUAUUCCAUAUUGUUUUCUCUCUGGUUCUCUCACCCAUUCAAGUAGAAAAGCAUACAAGUAGAUAUACACAUAUAUUUCUGUAUAUCUUUGGUUUCAGUUUUUUGGGAUUGCGGAAGUUGAAGAUUGGAUCAAGAACUUCCGUACUCGAACCCUUAGAUGAGACGGGGGUUGCGGAGGGACUAGGGAGUAAUAACAUAGUUACCUUUAAGCAAAAUCGAAGUAGUAGUGAAGGAGAGAAAAAUGUCAUCAUCAAACUCUUCAUGUGCGGCAUGCAAGUUUCUCCGGCGAAAGUGCACACAAGAUUGUGUGUUUGCGCCAUAUUUUCCGCCCGACAACCCUCAGAAAUUCGACAAUGUUCAUAGAGUCUUCGGCGCCAGUAAUGUUUCAAAGAUCCUCAGUGAACUCAAUCCCAGCCAGCGCGAGGCUGCAGCAAAUUCCUUAGCCUAUGAGGCGGCGUAUCGCCUUCGUGAUCCUGUGUAUGGCUGUGUUGGCCUUAUUUACUUGUUGUAUCACAAGCUCAGGCAAGUACAGCACGAUUUGUACAACACAAAAAAUGAAUUGGCUCAACAUAUUAGGCCUUCUGAUAUGUUGCCAAAUUUGAACCACCCAGGAUUCAUGCAUCAGCGUCCGAACAUUGGGGCCUCGUCGUAUCAAGUGAUGCCGUAUAAUAUGCAGCCGAUGAUGGGUGGGCCGGCUGUAUUUCCACAAUGGGCGCUGGUGAUCCGAGACUCUCAGCAGCAGCCACCGCCACGGCCAAGGCCACCGCCACAGCAGCAACAGAUUCUUGAGGCACAGCAGUUAGCGAUGCCGGCUGCCGCCAGGAAGCUGGAUAUGUUUAGGAAUUAUGAGCAGCAGCUGCACCUGCAGCAGAAUGAUUUAGUGAGAUUUAACAGUGGCUUUGAGACUGCAGGAGGGACUGUCACCCUCACAGGACUUAAUCAAAUGAUUCCGGCCACUGCUGCCGCCGCCAACAUGCCGCUUGCCUUGGCCUUGGGUUCUAAUGAAGGCAACCCUUACGGUCAUCACAUUCAGCAGCAGGCGGCGGAGCAGUCACAUUCUCAUCACCCUCAACAGCUCGAUCUUUUUCCAUAUGAACUUUCAAUCCAGCAACAACAGCAACUGAAUGCUACACCUCAUCAUCAGGCACAGGAACUUCAAACAUCACAGCCACAUAGCGCCAGUAGGGAAGAGGGCAGGAGUUUUGAUCCUUGAUUUUAAUUCAAAAAGCAUCUUGUCCAAAAUCAAUGGCUUCCCUCUGAGCUUUAUUCAUUCAACAAUAUUUUGAUCCAGCAAAUUCACGGUAGAGAUAUAGAGAGUUGCAACCCAUCCGAGAGAAUGAAUUAGUUUCUUUUAUUGACUUUUGGGUUUAUAGGAGACAAGUUUUUGUUGGUGCUACAUUUCGAAUGUAGGAGUAGCGCUGAUAUCAACUAUAGUGUUCUCUUUGUGUUGGCAUUUAGUAUACAUUUUCCCAUUUUUGCAUGUUGUGACUUUGCUGUGGAGUGUAGAAUGUGACUCCAAUUUCCUUUUAUAUCACUAGCUUUGUAUAAUUUUGGUACUUAAGAGUGAGAAAAAUAGAACAAAUUUUGUAUAAAGAUUAGUAGGUAAGAUUUUUGCAGGGUCUGUGAAAAUUUUAACAAAUUUUGUAUGACAAUUAGUAGGUCUGAUUUCAGUAAGGUCUGUUUCAACCAACAAAGGUUUCAUUCAUUGAAUGAUCAAAUGGAUAAGAUUUUCAAUUCAAGAUGUAUACUCAACUUCAAUGUUCAACCUUGCAAGUUGGAAUCUGAAAAUU